AUGAAUGACAGUUGGGAAGCAAAAUGCUCGUAUCGGGUCUUCAUCCUGAAAAACCACAUCAAAACAGACCAGUAUCAAUAUUGGCAUCACAUUGCCCAAUUUCAGCCAAUCUUGGAAUGUGGCGAGUGUAAUGCUGAUCCAAAUUUUCCAAAGCCUGUUUCAGGCCUCAUAGUAAAAUCCAGUAACUGGAUCGAUUUGGGAUUGCCCCUAACUUUUUCUAUGAGUAUCUUCAACGAGGUGCAUCUAGAUUCCAGUGCUAGCUCGACCAAUCAUCAGAAACUAGAGCGAGAAGCUCGAAUCUGCCGGUUAUUAAAGCACCCGAAUAUUGUGCGGCUCCAUGAGAGUAUUUCCGAAGAAGGUUUCCAUUACCUUGUAUUUGAUCUGGUGACUGGCGGGGAGCUAUUUGAAGAUAUUGUUGCCAGGGAAUACUACAGUGAAGCCGAUGCUAGAAUUACCUCCAACAGUGACUAUAUCACAAGGAAAUCUGAAGGCCAUGCAGAAUUAGUGCCACCUACUCCUGAGAACCUGCUCCUUGCCAGUAAGUGCAAGGGCGCUGCUGUCAAACUGGCCGACUUCGGACUUGCGAUUGAAGUACAAGGAGAACAGCAGGCGUGGUUUGGAUUUGCAGGUACCCCGGGUUACCUCUCCCCUGAGGUCUUAAGAAAAGAUCCGUAUGGGAAGCCAGUGGAUAUAUGGGCGUGCGGAGUUAUUCUUUAUAUAUUACUUGUUGGAUAUCCUCCAUUUUGGGAUGAAGAUCAGCAUAAACUGUAUCAGCAGAUCAAGGCAGGGGCCUAUGAUUUUCCUUCUCCGGAAUGGGAUACUGUGACCCCAGAAGCAAAGAAUUUAAUCAACCAGAUGCUGACAAUAAACCCUGCAAAGCGCAUCACAGCAGAUCAGGCACUUAAGCACCCAUGGGUCUGUCAACGAUCAACUGUCGCUUCUAUGAUGCACAGACAGGAGACUGUGGAAUGCUUGAGAAAGUUCAACGCCAGAAGAAAGCUGAAGGGGGCAAUCCUUACUACUAUGCUGGUGUCUCGGAAUUUUUCAGUUGGCAGGCAGAGCUCCGCCCCCGCUUCGGCCGCCAUGAGUGCUGCCGGCCUGGCUGAGCAAGCUGCCAAGAGCUUACUGAACAAAAAGUCAGAUGGAGUAAAGCCACAGACCAACAACAAAGCCAGUGUAGUAAGCCCAGCAAAAGAAACGCCCCCAGUGCAGAUGUCCAUGGAACCGCAGACUACUGUUGUCCACAAUGCUAAUGAUGGCAUAAAGGGUUCCACAGAGAGCUGCAAUACCACUACUGAAGAUGAAGAUUUGAAAGUGCGUAAGCAAGAAAUCAUCAAGAUAACGGAACAGCUGAUUGAAGCAAUCAACAAUGGAGACUUUGAAGCUUACACGAAGAUCUGUGAUCCUGGGCUGACCUCAUUUGAACCCGAAGCACUGGGAAACCUCGUGGAGGGGAUGGACUUCCACAAGUUUUACUUUGAGAACU